AUAAGGUUCGAAGGGUCGUAUUAUCAUUCAUCGCUAAAAUAUCAAAUUCGUCUGUGGAUAAUAACAACAACAGCAACAACAACAAAAUUAGAUGGCGGAAGAGGGACAGGUUGUCGGCUGCCACACAGUUGAGUCAUGGAAGGAGCAGCUUCAGAAGGGAAUCGACACCAAGAAACUGAUUGUGGUGGACUUUAUGGCUUCAUGGUGUCCGCCAUGUCGGUUUAUUGCCCCAAUUUUGGCUGAUUUGGCAAAGAAGAUGCCUCAUGUCAUUUUCUUGAAGGUUGAUGUUGAUGAAUUGAAGUCUGUUGCUGAAGAAUGGGAUGUGGAAGCCAUGCCAACCUUUGUGCUGAUGAAAGAAGGGAAAAUUUUGGACAGAAUUUUGGGAGCGAAGAAAGAUGAGUUGCAACUGGCAAUCACAAAGCAUGCUACUACUGAACCUCCUGCUCCAACAGCUGAAACUGCUGCUCCAACUGCUGAAUCUGCUGCUACAACUGCUAAUGCUUGAUUGUUGGGGGUUCAUGAACGGAAUAAUGAUAGUUUGAUGUAGUUUCAAGUGUCAUGUCUUUGUUUGUGGUUAGUUUUAUCUACUCUUUUAUCUUUGUAUGAUUGGAUGUGUGGAAUGUUCAGCUAUGUAAGAGUUAAUAAUCUUAGUCCCAUUGUCCUU